UUUAUAUGAAAUGAAGUUUCUAAGAUAUGUUAAAGAUAAUUUUGAAAAUUCAAGCAACAUUAUUAUGAAUAAAAAGAUUUCAAUACGCAGCCUCUUUAAGAGCAGCAAAUGCAACAAAUGAUAAAUUUAUGACUAUCGCAGUGUUUGUGGUUGAUUCAAUUACCGUGAACCUUAAACCACAUACAAAACCAAUACUCAUUUAAAUAUCAAAAAGGCAGGCCAGCAAAAACUGCAGCAUGCAUUUCUUACAUUGGAAUGGCAGUGUAAAUAUUCAAUUAUUUUUUUCAAAAGCACUUCUUCUGCUCCUUGCCACAGUUCAUUUUUCAAGUGCUUACUUGAUAAUAGUGCAUGAGGACACUAUCCCAAAUACUGUGAUAUUUAAUGCAUCAGUCUACAAGCUGGGCUCUGAGCGACAUUACAAGAUCAACGCUCACAAGUCAGCACAUUUUGUGCAUCAUCUAGUUGCUGUUAGUCACAAGGAUGGUCAAAUUAAGCUUAAAAAAUCUCUUAAAUGUGAUGGUAUCUACUAUCCAAACCUUUUCACAUUUUAUGUAGAUUCAACAUCUAACCGUUUGCGUAGCAUUGACUACUACAGUUUGCCAGUUCGUAUAUUCAUAACUGGACACAACUGUAAUGAAGAUCGAAAAGUUGAAGAGGAAAUACACGGUCGUCAAUAUGAGGAAGAAGACACUGGCUAUUCAAGACGCAGACGAAAACGUUUUAUUGAAGCUACCGACGACGAUAUUCGUUAUUAUGGCGAAUAUUUGGGAAGCUCAAAAAGAUCAAUUGAUGUUUUGAGCAGUAAUCAAUUGGGAAUCUAUAAUCACAACAACAGCCGCAUAGACUUCAGAGAUGGAGAUCUGAUAUUUGGAAAUGAUUUCGAUAAUGAAAUGCGACACCGCAUACUUAGUCGUAAACGACGUUCGGUUGUGUUUGAAAUCGAACCAGCUAUUCACAGGCGCAUUUCAGAAGCAAAACAGUGGAUUUCAGAAACGUACGCUUCAUACGCUAUACAUACUACUGAUCGUUGGAAUCAGAUAUGCUUGCGAAAGUCUCAGUUUAUUAAUAAUUUGAAUGCAUUUCUUCCGAAAUCUAUUUGCCAAAACUGCAAAGUAAAUUUUCUCGAUGUGAACGACGAACGCUUCGCAAUCGAGCACCACAACAAUGAUUUAGUAGCUAGUGGAGAUGUCUGUAUACAAGAGUCCAUUUGGAAAGUCAGCAUCACGUUUAACAUUCGAUGCAGUCGAAAUGAUAUUGUCGACUCGGAUCAUAGACUUAAAAUUGUUUAUCACCAUCAGGAGUUUAAUGACACUGACAUUGCGAAACGAGUACGUCGUGAAUUGCGAAACCAGAGUCCUUAUUUUGAACAAGCACUAUAUGUAGCUUCUGUUCUGGAAGAGCAGCCAUCAGGCGCUGCUGUGACUACAGUGCGUGCACGUGAUCCUGAAGACUCUCCUGUUGUAUAUUCCAUGGUAUCAUUGCUAGACUCACGUUCACAAUCCUAUUUCAAGGUGGAUUCUCGUACUGGUGUCGUUACAACUUCCGCCAGCUUAGACCGUGAGCUAAUGGAUGUGCAUUACUUCAGAGUUGUUGCUACUGAUGACAGUUUUCCACCGCGUUCUGGUACUACCACGCUACAGGUCAAUGUUUUGGAUUGCAACGAUCAUAGCCCUACUUUUGAGGCUGAACAGUUUGAAGCUAGUAUAAGAGAAGGUGCUACAGUAGGUUCAACUGUGAUAACACUUCGAGCAACUGAUCAAGAUAUUGGCAAAAAUGCCGAAAUAGAAUAUGGAAUUGAAAGUACUACUGAUGGCACAGGUACCGUGCAGGAUCAAGAAGCUCCAAUCUUUAGAAUUGAUUCACGUUCUGGUGUUAUAUCAACACGAAGUUCUUUAGAUCGGGAAACAUCCGAUAGUUACAGUAUUAUCGUUACAGCUUCCGAUAUGGCUUCCGCACAAAGUGAACGUAAAACAGCCACAGCCACUGUAUUGGUAAAAAUAUUAGAUGACAAUGAUAACUAUCCGCAAUUUAGCGAACGUACUUAUACUGUGCAAGUUCCAGAAGAUCAGUGGGGCGAUGACAAUGUAGUAGCUCACAUACGUGCAACUGAUGCAGAUCAAGGAAAUAAUGCCGUUAUUCGGUACGCUAUUAUUGGCGGAAACACACAAUCACAGUUCUCUAUUGACUCCAUGAGUGGUGAUGUGAGUUUGGUUAAGCCACUUGACUAUGAGAAUGUGCGCAGUUAUCGUUUAGUUAUACGCGCACAAGAUGGAGGAAGUCCGUCGCGAAGUAAUACUACACAGUUGUUGGUAAAUGUAAUUGACACCAAUGAUAAUGCUCCGCGUUUCUACACCUCACAAUUCCAAGAAUCUGUUUUAGAAAAUGUACCUAUUGGUUACAAUAUAAUACGAGUGCAGGCUUACGAUGCUGAUGAGGGAUCAAACGCUGAAAUCACUUAUAGCAUCUCAGAACGUGAUGAUAACUUUCCAUUAGCCGUUGAUCCUCGAACAGGCUGGGUACAAACUAUCAAGCAGUUAGACAGAGAAGAGCAGAGUCGGUACACAUUUCAAGUUGUUGCUAAAGAUGGUGGUGUUCCACCAAAAUCUGCAAGCUCAACAGUUGUAAUAACAGUGCAAGACGUUAAUGAUAACGACCCUACAUUUAAUCCAAAAUAUUAUGAGGCAAACGUCGGAGAGGAUCAGCCACCUGGUACGCCAGUGACAACAGUUACAGCAACAGAUCCAGACGAAGACUCGCGUUUACACUACGAAAUCACCACCGGUAAUACACGUGGCAGAUUCGCAAUUACAUCUCAAAAUGGUCGCGGACUGAUUACUAUAGCACAGACACUAGACUACAAACAAGAAAAACGCUUUAUGUUGACAGUCACUGCAACAGAUUCUGGAGGCCGCUCAGAUACAGCAACCGUUAACAUUAAUAUAACCGAUGCCAACAACUUUGCUCCAAUUUUCGAAAACGCGCCAUACAGUGCUUCAGUGUUUGAAGAUGCACCCAUCGGCACUACUGUAUUGGUUGUUUCCGCGACAGAUAGUGACGUUGGCAUCAAUGCACAGAUAACAUAUUCUUUAAACGAGGAAAGCAUAAAUGGGUUAGUUAAUCCUGAUCCGUUUUCUAUUAAUCCACAAACCGGAGCAAUUGUUACUAAUGCGUUGUUAGAUCGAGAAACAACCAGUGGUUACCUACUGACUGUUACUGCAAAAGAUGGAGGAAAUCCUUCCCUAAGCGAUACCACCGAUGUGGAAAUUAGUGUUACUGAUGUAAAUGAUAAUCCACCAGCUUUUAAAAAUCCUUUAUAUCAAGCUUCUAUACUUGAAGAUGCCUUAGUUGGUACUUCAGUUUUGCAAGUUUCAGCUUCUGAUCCUGAUAUCGGUCUCAAUGGUCGAAUCAAAUAUUUACUAAGUGAUCGUGAUAUUGAAGAUGGUUCUUUUGUAAUAGAUCCGACAUCAGGUACAAUUCGUACAAAUAAAGGGUUGGAUCGUGAAAGUAUUGCAACUUAUCAUUUAACCGCUAUAGCAGUCGAUAAAGGAUCUCCCCCACUUUCAAGUACAGUUGAAGUGCAGAUACGCUUAGAGGAUGUCAAUGAUUCGCCUCCAACAUUUCCGUCCGACAAAAUCACAUUGUAUGUACCAGAAAACUCACCAGUCGGUUCAGUUGUAGGCGAAAUACAUGCACAUGAUCCAGAUGAAGGAGUAAAUGCAGUAGUACAUUAUUCCAUUAUUGGUGGCGAUGACUCGAAUUCAUUUUCGUUAGUGACUCGUCCAGGCUCCGAACGUGCUCAAUUACUUACUAUGACUGAGCUGGAUUAUGAGUCACCACGCAAGCGUUUUGAAUUAGUUAUAAGAGCUGCAAGUCCUCCACUGCGUAACGAUGCUCAUGUGGAAAUUUUGGUCACUGAUGUAAAUGAUAAUGCACCCGUCUUACGAGAUUUUCAAGUUAUUUUCAAUAAUUAUAAAGAUCAUUUUCCAAGCGGAGAAAUAGGUCGAAUACCUGCCUUUGAUGCUGACGUCAGUGAUAAAUUAACAUAUCGUAUUCUUUCGGGGAAUAAUGCAAAUUUGUUGCGUUUAAAUACAUCGUCCGGUGGAUUAAUAUUAAGCCCUCAACUAAACACAAAUGUGCCUAAAUUUGCAACAAUGGAAGUUUCUGUCACUGAUGGCAUAAAUGAGGCGAAAGCAGUAAUGCAACUGGCAGUUCGCCUUAUUACGGAGGACAUGCUUUUCAAUUCGGUAACUGUACGUCUAAACGAAAUGACAGAAGAAGCUUUUCUGUCACCUUUACUGAAUUUUUUUCUGGAUGGCUUAGCAGCUAUAAUACCUUGCCCGAAAGAACAUAUUUUUAUAUUCUCAAUUCAGGACGACACUGACGUAACAACACGUAUUCUAAACAUAAGUUUUUCUGCAAAGCGGCCUGAUGUGUCUCACGAAGAGUUUUAUACACCGCAGUACUUGCAAGAGCGGGUGUAUUUAAACCGUGCGAUUUUAGCUAGACUGGCAACAGUAGAAGUGCUUCCAUUUGAUGACAAUCUUUGUGUUCGUGAACCAUGUCUUAACUUUGAGGAGUGUCUUACUGUUCUGAAGUUCGGCAACGCAUCAGAAUUUAUUCAUAGUGACACAGUACUUUUUCGACCUAUAUAUCCUGUGAACACCUUUGCCUGCUCUUGCCCGGAAGGCUUUACUGGAAGUAAAGAACAUUACUUAUGUGACACUGAAGUAGAUCUCUGCUAUUCCGAUCCUUGCCAAAACGGAGGAACUUGCAUUCGCCGAGAAGGCGGUCACACAUGCGUGUGUCCUUCUUCGCACACCGGUAGUAACUGUGAAACUGACAUAACAAAACUAAAGCAAUGCACUUCCGAUGCUUGUGAUGGUGGACAUUCAUGCGUUAAUAACUUUUUAAGCUCACAACCCCCACCAUAUACAGCUACGUGUGAACUCCGCUCCCGUUCAUUUUCAAAGAACUCUUUCCUUACUUUUGAAAGCUUAAAGCAAAGGCAUCGGUUUAGUCUAAAAUUACGCUUUGCCACAGUGCACGAGAAUGGUUUGCUGCUCUAUAAUGGCCGAUACAACGAACUACAUGACUUCAUAGCAUUGGAAAUAUUACAAGGAUACAUCAGUUUUUCAUACUCACUAGGAGAUAGUAUCCAAAGUGUAUCUCUAAUACAGAAUUCAAAAAUAUCUGAUGGAAAAUGGCACGAAGUGGAGGUAAAUUAUAUCAAUCGCACAGUUAUUCUAGCCUUAGAUGAAUGCGAUACUGCCAUUGCUUUAGCCGGCAACCUUGGGGAUCGUUGGAGCUGUGCUAACCAAACAACAUUGCAAUUGGAUAAACGUUGCUCUUUGCUUACUGAGACCUGUCACAGAUUUUUAGACUUGACUGGUCCAUUACAAAUAGGUGGUCUUCCACGCAUACCAGCACACUUUCCAGUAAAAAAUCACGAUUUCAUUGGAUGCAUAUCUGACCUGCGCAUUGAUGAGCGAUAUAUUGACUUAAAUUCUUACGUUGCAGAUAAUGGAACAAUAUCAGGUUGCCCGCAAAAGGCACCACUUUGUUCUUCAGAACCAUGCUUUAACGGUGGUGUUUGCCAUGAAGGCUGGAACACAUAUAUAUGUGAAUGCCAGGAAGGAUUCGCUGGCAAUGCAUGUCAGGACAACAUACCAGCACCUUGGCGUUUUACUGGUGAUGGCAGUUUAAGUUUCAAUCCAUUGCUGCGACCUAUACAAUUGCCCUGGUUAACUUCACUCUCCAUUCGCACCUUACAAAAAAAUGCUUUUCUUAUUCAAAUACAAAUCGGACAAAACAGUUCCGCAGUUAUAUGCUUAAGGGAUGGUAUUCUUUAUUACAUAUAUGACAACGAACCAAUGUUUUUGUCAGGCGCUUAUUUGUCCGAUGGUGUUUGGCAUCGAAUAGAAGUGAAAUGGUUGGGUUCUGAAAUUCAAUUUUCCGUAGAUUAUGGUCAACGAACUGGAGUAGUUCCUAUGUCUCAAAAAAUACAAGGACUUUACGUUGGAAAAAUCGUGAUAGGUAAUGCAGAUAGUUCAAUAGGUUCAACAGGAGAUCUGCUUCCUUAUGAAGGUUGUAUACAAAAUGUACGAAUCGGUGCUUCACAGUCAGCACUCUCACGUCCAACUAUACGCGAAAAUGUCGAUGACGGCUGCUUAUCGAGAGCUGAAUGUCCAGAGUCCUGUCCACUACAUUCAAGCUGUACAACUUCUUGGGAUGAAGCACAUUGUGAGUGUCUUCCUGGAUACGUAGGACCAGAUUGCUUACCCAUUUGUACUGUGAAGCCUUGCACUGCAGGUAUUUGUAGAGCCAAUGUUAGCGAACCACGUGGCUACAGAUGCGAAUGCAAUAACACAAUGCAACAUGGGGAUUAUUGCGAAAGAACUGUACAACAACCCUGUCCUGGGGGUUGGUGGGGUGAAAAGGUUUGCGGUCCAUGUAAAUGUAAUUUACAACAAGGUUAUCAUCCAGAUUGCAAUAAAACAACAGGCCAAUGCUAUUGUAAAACAAACCACUAUCAACCUAUUAAUGAAACAGCCUGUAUUCCGUGUGACUGUUAUUCGAUUGGUUCAUUUAAUAGCGCUUGCAAUCGCCUUACUGGUCAAUGUGAAUGUCGAGAAGGAGUUAUUGGACGACGAUGUGAUUCCUGUUCAAAUCCCUAUGCUGAAGUAACACUGAGUGGUUGUGAAGUGGUAUACGAUGCCUGUCCACGUUCAUUUGCUGCUGGUAUUUGGUGGCCGCGUACUCCAAUUGGAAGCACAACUGUUGAAAAUUGUCCACACCCUGCAAAAGGAAAAGGACAGCGAACAUGUGAUGGCACUACUGGUGGUUGGAAUCAACCUGACAUGUUUAAUUGCACUUCAGAACCAUUUAUAGAGCUAAGAAAGCAUUUGUCACAGCUAGAGAAACAAGAGUUGGAAUUAAAUGCAUUUGUUGCAAUCAAAAUGGCAGAAAACUUGCAACACGCUUGUGAAACUGUGGACCGUACUGCAAUCUCCAAGAAACGUGCUGUAAAAGACAAUAAACGGUAUAAGAUGGAAUCAUCAUUUCUAUUAAAUGAAGGCAAAAACGUUUGGUCACAGGAAAUUGAAAUGGACUAUUUAUCUGACGAAUUAAAGUUUUCGCACGAUCGGUUAUAUGGUGCAGAUUUGUUAGUCACUGAAGGCAUAUUGCAAGAAUUAAUAAGUUAUGAACUUAUGCAAAGUGGUCUGAAUUUAUCGCAUAGCCAGGAUAAGUACUUUAUUAAAAACCUUGUUGAUGCUGCUAGUGUGAUCUUGGAUAAAAAAUAUGCAAAUGAAUGGAAAAGAAUAAUGGACUUGAUUCAACGUGGACCUGAUGAUUUAGUAGAUGCAUUUAAUAAGUAUAUGGUCGUACUGGCACGAUCACAGCAUGAUACAUACACAAGUCCAUUUGAAAUCGUGCAACCUAAUAUGGUUUUCGGGCUGGACAUUGUAACAAAAGAAUCACUUUUUGGAUAUGAGCCAGAGCAAUUGAGCGAGUAUCAUAAGACUAGAUACUUAAAACCAAACGCGUUUACUACAGAAAGUGUUAUAUUGCCUGACACAAGUGGUUUUCUGCAGCACUCUUCCAAACAAAAGCCAGUUAUCACAUUUCCGAAAUACAACAACUAUAUUCAAGACAACACCAAGUUUGACAAGUACACAAAAGUGUUAGUUCCUCUUGAUAUGCUUGGUAUAACACCGCCAGAAAGCAAUGAAGUGACACAAGGAGCAAGUGAUUAUAGAGCAAUUAUAUCAUAUACUCAGUUUAAGGAUGUAGGAGUGCUUCUACCAGAUAUGUACGAUGAAACAAUAACUCGUCGCUGGGGUGUUGAUAUAGAAGUCGCAUCACCUAUAUUGUCACUUGCAAUUUUAGUACCAUCAAAUGAAAAUGAAGAAAAACGUUUGGAAAUUCCUUUCCGCAAAAUUUCAUCUCAGAAACCUGCUUCACAAGAAAAAGAGUUUGUUGAAGUGUUCGACGUGUCAAAAUCUGGAGCAAGUGGAAGUGAAGAGCAUGCUAUUGAAAAUAUUCGUAUCACUGCACAUGAAAUUCCUGCAUCUAAUGAAUUAUUGGAAGCUAGUAACGAAGGAGUUGAAGUUGAAGAUUCUGAAGACCCACAUAUAAAUGUUCGGUUUGACGAUAAUAUUGAAUUUCAUGGUAACUCUGGUGAAGAGAUCAUCGAUUCACCUGAAAUACUUAAUCCAAACUUUGAUGGUCCCAUUAUGCAACCAGAAAAAACUGAAAACGAUGCCAUAUAUCGUAAUCGGCGUUUAGUGAAAAGACAGGUGGAAGUAAUAUACCCAAAUGAUCAAAGCCAAUCUUCAAAACAUGUCACCUACCGCUCACUAGGUUCUCCACAUCUUUCACAACCUAUUAAAUUACAAAUUUGGCUUGAUGUUGAUAUUUCCACAUUUGGACCUCGUUCUAAUCCACAAUGCGUGCGUUGGAAUUCUUUUACUAACCAAUGGACGCGCCUUGGUUGUCAAACAGAAGUUCCUGAGUUUGAUAAUGUUAUUUCUGAACACGAACCCAUCAUUGUGAAUUGUACAUGUAGUCAUAUAUCAAAUUAUGCUGUCAUUGUGGAUAUAAUAGAUCCUGAAGAUAUACCAGAGCCAUCUUUACUAGUUCAAAUCACGUCAUACUCUGCUUUUAUGGUAUCGCUGCCAAUGCUCUUGAGUGUAUUGAUUGCGUUAGGCUUACUUCGGGGACAGCAAACGAACUCAAACACAAUCCAUCAAAAUAUUGUGCUUUGUGUAUUUUUUGCGGAAUUAUUGUUUUUUGUUGGAAUGCAGUCACGGCGUAACCUUUUAGAGAACGAGUUUCCUUGUAAGCUGAUAGCUAUAUGCCUGCAUUAUUUUUGGUUAGCAGCGUUUGCAUGGACUACUGUGGAUUGUGUACAUCUUUACCGAAUGCUGACAGAGAUGCGUGAUAUCAAUCAUGGUCCAAUGGGUUUUUACUUUGCAAUGGGUUACGGUGCUCCAGCUAUUGUAGUUGGAUUAUCAGUUGGCGUACGUGCACAUGAGUAUGGAAACAGUUUAUUCUGCUGGCUUUCAGUUUAUGAGCCCGUUGUAUGGUGGCUCGUUGGACCUAUAGCUGGAAUGUCCAUAGUAAAUUUGUUGAUUCUGUUCAUUUCUGUCAAAGCCGCCUUUACGCUUAAGGAUCACGUUUUAGGUUUUGGUAAUUUACGCACACUCUUGUGGCUUUCGGUGGUUUCUUUGCCAUUAAUGGGUGUUAUGUGGGUGCUAGCAGUGUUGGCUGCCUCUGAGAGUUCGCAGUUACUUAGUAUACUUUUGUCGGCCGUAGUUGUAGUACAUGCUAUAUUCUGCCUUAUUGGUUAUUGCAUUAUAAAUAAAAGAGUACGUGAGAACUUACAGAGGACUUUUCUGCGAUGUAUGGGUCGUAAAGUACCUUUGUUGGAUUCAUCAAUGGUAGUCAGCAACAGCUCACAUAACGUGAAUGCUACAGCACGCCCAAAUAACUUUUUAGCAGGAAAUUUUGACACAACACGUCGAAAUAUUGGUAUAAGUGUUUCCAGCACAACAUCCCGUAGUACUGCUAAAACAAGUUCAAGUCCUUAUAGUGAUGGUCAACUUCGGCAAACUUCAACAUCCACUUCCAAUUAUAAUUCAGCAAGUGACGCACCAAGUUUCUUACGUGGUUUCGAUGCAUCCACCAGUAGCCGUAGAGAAGAAAAAUCCAGACGACAUCGAAAAGACUCUGAUUCUGGUUCAGAAACCGAUGGUCGUUCUUUAGAGCUUGCCUCAAGCCAUUCAAGUGACGACGAAGAAUCAAGAACAGCACGCUCCUCUACAAACACUCAUCGUAGCACUGGAGUGAGUGCAACACCAUCUUAUUUACCAAACAUCACUGAGCAUGUGCAGGCAACAACACCACCAGAGCUGAACGUAGUGCAAAGUCCACAACUAUUUCCCAGUAUUAACAAAACAGUUUAUGCAUCGCGUUGGUCUAGCCAAUUACCAGAUUCUUAUUUACAAGCGCCUCAACCUAAUAUGGGACGGUGGUCUCAAGAAACUGGCUCAGAUAAUGAACAUGUGCAUGGACAAAAAAUCACAAUUUCACCGAACCCUUUACCCAAUCCUGAUCUAACAGAUACGUCUUAUUUACAACAACAUCACAAUAAAAUAAAUAUGCCACCAUCUAUUUUAGAAGACCUACAGAAUGUACGAAAUGAUAAUUGCUACGAUGGAAUGGAUAGUCGUGAUCCUUUAUAUGGAGGUCGUCGUAAAGAUUAUCAAGAUAAUUAUGGACAAUUUGAUGGUUUGCCUCCUACACCAGGUAAUUAUAAGCCACCAAGCCAUUAUGGAACUGAUAAGGACUAUUCUGGUGCGAAUGGUGGUUCGCAUAUUGUUAACCACAUGCGGUCAUUUCAUCCAGAUACAGCGUAUCUAAGUGAUAGUAUCUAUGAUAAACAACAUUCUGUUGGAUAUUUAGGAACUAACACUGAUUCUCCAUAUAUGUCAAAAGAAAGAAUAACACCUGAUAUCUAUGGUUCACGUGAAAAUCAAUAUAGUUUAAAGAAGCAACCUAUGUAUGGGGCUGAUUCACUACAUUCUGUGCAUUCAUUACUAAAAAAUGACUAUCAACAACAACGUCAUCAUUUACAACAACAACAUGCAGACUAUCAUUCGGACCGUAUGUCGGAUGGUUCAGAUAAAAAUGGCUAUCACUUUCCCUACACUGCAGAGGAAGAUCACAUCACAGCCAGUAGAAAAUUAAGCCACAAUCACUCACCCUUACUGCAUAGCUCACAUCAAAUUCUCAACGGUCAUCAUCAGCAAGUCAAUGAUAUAAAUAAUCCCGGUUUCCUGGGGAGACAUACACUGAACUCAAGUUCUAGACAUGGCUCACGCACAUCAUCACCGCCUUCCACUAUUGUAGCACCAAUGCAACCAUUGGCUCCAUUAACCAGCAUAACGGAUACAGAAUCAGAGGAGGAAUAUUGAUGAUGAUGAGACUACGGUGUGAUUGAACAAAUACAUUAAUGCCUCCGAAACCGGAUUUAAUACUACAAUGCAUUGGUUUAGUGCACCACAACAAUAACAAUAAAAGUAUAAUUUUUAAAUAACAUUAAAAUUAAAAAAAAAACA